UUAAGAGGGGCAGACAGGAAGAGCGGUGCUCUGCAGCGCUUGUCAGAGAACUGGAGCAGGCUCCUUUGUGGGCUGGUACAUACCCCUCCCCGAGUGCACAGCAGGGACAUUUGAUCUAAGGGGUGAUUGAUAAGUGCUGGAGAGGAGCAACCAUCCUUCUCUCCCUCCCUCUUCUGUCUCCUUCCCCUCCCUCCUUCCUGCCAGAAGCGCUGCUGUGUGUGGUAAGCUGCUCCAGCAAGGAUCUGCCCGCCCUGGGGUGGGGGUGGGGGGGCACCGCCUGCGCUCCGCUCCUCGUUGCUGUGCCACUGCACAUCCAGCCCGACUGGUACCCGGGCGGUGCUAGCUCCUGAGCUUCUCAGAGUCGCUGAUGCUGCUGGAGCCUCGGGGAAGAUCUAGGCAGCGCUCUCUGCUCUCUCGAUGCUAAACUACUGGUGGACUGAAGAGGAGGGGAGCCCUAUCUUCUCCUGAUGUUUUAAAAAAAAAGUAAAGCAAUUUCUACUGCUAGCCCAAGAAGGGCGAUCUGCCUGAGAUUUCUUCAAAAUAUCCUAGGGGAAGAGGAGAUGGGCCGGAUUUAGUAGGACGACUGGAUUACUAAUGACUCCUUGGCUAGCUGUGACCCUCCGGGAAAUCAGGUGCAAGCAUGUUUGCCUGUAGGUACCUGAGCUGACAUCAAAGGUGCCUAAAGAUGCUGAGCAGCAUUUGGUUCCUCAGUGUGUUAACUGUGGCCGGGAUCUUACAGACCGAGAGCCGCAAAACUGCCAAAGACAUUUGCAAGAUUCGCUGCCUGUGCGAAGAGAAGGAAAACGUACUGAAUAUUAACUGUGAAAACAAAGGAUUUACAACUGUCAGCUUGCUCCAACCCCCCCAGUAUCGCAUCUAUCAGCUGUUUCUCAACGGAAAUCUCUUGACAAGACUGUAUCCAAACGAAUUUGUUAAUUACUCAAACGCAGUGACUCUUCAUCUAGGUAACAAUGGGUUGCAGGAGAUCCGACCAGGGGCAUUUAGCGGUCUGAAGACUCUCAAGAGACUGCACCUCAAUAACAACAAACUGGAGGUAUUGAGAGAGGACACUUUUCUAGGCCUAGAGAGCCUGGAGUACCUCCAAGCUGACUACAAUUACAUCAGCACCAUUGAGGCAGGGGCAUUCAGCAAACUAAAUAAGCUCAAAGUGCUCAUCUUGAAUGACAACCUUUUGCUGUCUCUGCCUAGUAAUGUGUUUCGGUUUGUCCUGCUAACUCACUUAGACCUGAGGGGAAACAGGUUGAAAGUAAUGCCUUUUGCUGGUGUCCUUGAACAUAUUGGAGGAAUCAUGGAAAUUCAGCUGGAAGAAAACCCAUGGAAUUGUACCUGUGACCUACUUCCUCUCAAGGCAUGGCUGGACACCAUUACUGUUUUUGUGGGCGAGAUUGUCUGUGAAACUCCUUUCAGGUUACAUGGGAAAGAUGUGACCCAACUGACCAGACAGGACCUCUGUCCCAGAAAAAGUGCAAGUGGUGAUUCUAGUCCUAGGAGCAGUCAUUCAGACACUCAUGUCCAAAGGCUGUCCCCUACAAUGAAUCCUGCUUUCAAUCCAACCAGGGCCCCAAAAGCAAGUCGGCCACCCAAAAUGAGAAAUCGUCCAACUCCGCGAGUGACUGUGUCAAAAGACCGGCAGAGCUUUGGGCCCAUCAUGGUGUACCAGACCAAGUCCCCCAUGGCUCUCACCUGUCCCAGCAGCUGUGUCUGUACCUCUCAGAGCUCAGACAAUGGUCUAAAUGUUAACUGCCAAGAAAGGAAGUUCACUAACAUCUCUGACCUGCAGCCCAAGCCUACCAGUCCAAAGAAACUCUACUUAACAGGGAACUAUCUCCAAACAGUAUAUAAGAAUGACCUCUUAGAAUACAGCUCACUGGAUUUGCUGCAUUUAGGAAACAACAGAAUUGCAGUCAUUCAGGAAGGUGCCUUUACAAACCUGACCAGUUUACGCAGACUUUAUCUAAAUGGCAAUUACCUUGAAGUGCUGUGCCCUUCCAUGUUUGAUGGACUGCAGAGCUUGCAGUAUCUCUAUUUAGAGUAUAAUGUCAUUAAGGAGAUUAAGCCUCUGACCUUUGAUGCUUUGAUUAACCUCCAGCUCCUGUUUCUGAACAACAAUCUGCUGCGGUCCUUACCUGAUAAUAUAUUUGGGGGCACAGCCCUCACCAGGCUGAAUCUGAGAAACAAUCAUUUUUCACACCUGCCUGUAAAAGGAGUUCUGGACCAGCUUCCUGCUUUUAUCCAGAUAGAUCUGCAAGAGAACCCAUGGGACUGCACCUGUGACAUCAUGGGGCUAAAGGACUGGACCGAACAUGCCAAUUCUCCUGUCAUCAUCAAUGAGGUGACUUGUGAGUCUCCCGCUAAGCAUGCAGGGGAGAUACUGAAAUUCCUGGGAAGGGAGGCUAUUUGUCCAGAUAAUCCUAAUUUGUCAGAUGGGACUAUUUUAUCAAUGAAUCACAACACAGACACACCUAGGUCACUUAGUGUGUCUCCUAGUUCUUACCCUGAACUACACACUGAAGUUCCACUUUCCGUCUUAAUUUUAGGAUUGCUGGUUGUUUUUAUCCUGUCUGUCUGUUUUGGGGCAGGGCUGUUCGUCUUUGUUCUGAAACGUCGAAAGGGAGUGCCAGCUGUUCCCAGGAGUGCCAACAACUUAGAUGGAAGUUCCUUCCACUUACAAUAUGGGUCUUACAAUACCGAAACAAAUGAUAAAGCUGAUGGUCAUGUCUAUAACUACAUCCCCCCACCUGUGGGUCAGAUGUGCCAAAACCCCAUCUACAUGCAAAAGGAAGGAGACCCAGUAGCCUAUUACAGAAACCUGCAGGACUUCAGCUAUGGCAACUUGGAGGAGAAAAAAGAAGAGCCAGCCCCACUUGCUUAUACAAUAAGUGCCACUGAGUUGCUGGAAAAGCAGACCACCCCAAGAGAGCCUGAGGUGCUGUAUCAGAAUAUCGCUGAGCGAGUGAAGGAACUACCAAGUGCAGGCCUAGCCCACUAUAACUUUUGUACCUUACCUAAAAGGCAGUUUGCCCCUUCAUAUGAAUCUCGACGCCAAAACCAAGACAGAAUCAAUAAAACCGUUUUAUACGGGACUCCCAGAAAAUGCUUUGUGGGGCAGUCAAAGCCAGACCACCCUUUGCUGCAAGCUAAGCCGCAAUCAGAACCAGACUACCUCGAAGUUCUGGAAAAACAAACUGCAAUCAGUCAGCUGUGAAAGGAAAUCAUUUACAACCCUAUAGCAUCAAAGGAUGCUUUCCAAACUGUUGGAAGCACUGCAUUUGCUUUUGUUGUGUCCUCCCUUCCCCAGUGCUAAUGGGAGACUGAAAGCCUUGGGAAAAGGGGUGAAGCGAUAUUGCUCUUGCAAGCUUUCCUUUAAAUUAUUUUUCUCUCGAUCUCCCACCUCCACUCCCCUUCUUAGGAGCCAUCAGUGAACAUGAAUGUUUUUACACUGCAUUUUUCAUGUAUAUUAUUUAGGUUUUGUUUCUGCUUUUCUCUCUUUUCUUUUUGCCAGUGUGGGAGUGAAAAGAAAUGAUAGUGAAUGAAGGAAUAGUAAGUAAAGUUUUCAAAUGAGAAUAUUUUGUAGAAGAUCUCCAAAGAUCUUUUGGGACUCCAACUUCUUUUGUAAAUAAUGAUCUAUGGUAUUGCUGUCUUCAGUUACCAAGUAUAGGCCUGGGCAUUGCUACUUUGUGUUAAAGUGCCUUUGCACUUAAGUAUAUUAAAAGUAUUUUAAUGUGUUGUAUUUUUUAAAAUUGAACUCAAUGUAAAAUAGAUCUAUAUGUCAGCUGUAUUAAUUAAGUCAAGGUACAGUUUGCUUGAGUUAUAGAAAACAGCCUGUCAUCAAACAAUUGUAGCUUAAGACUUUAUAGACUUAAAUGUAAAAUAUUUCCUUUCUUCUGGGUUUGUUAUAAGUGAUUUUAUUUAAGUCAAGAAAGGGGAUUUAACAGUGGACUAGAGGUAAUAAGCCACCUCUGUCGGUAUUAGCAAUUCAUUAAUAAAAUAUAUUUAACCCAAUAUCAGAGUGAAUUGAACAAUUAAUGCCCUUCCAUAAAUCAUUAUUUUACACUAACAUGGUCAAUGUUUUAGAUUAUUUUCCUAAUUAAGAGUGCAUUUCACAACUUGUAGUAUAUUUUUUCUGCAUCAAAUUAGAUAUUUUUAUAUAUUUAAAUGGAAAUCUGUAUUUCUAACUUUUUAAUUGAAAUUAAUAUUUUUUCUGCCUGUUGCAACAUUUUCUAUAAACACAUACCAGUAGAGGCCGCCACACACCUCAUUUAAUCAAGACACAAGAGCCAUUAAAUACCUUGAAGGAAGACUUCAAAGGUAAGAUGAAAACUUCCCACAUAAUUUCUCUGCAAAUUCAAGACAGCAGAGAUAAAAUUGCAUAUGUUACAUUUUUUGAGGAUCAAAAAUUAGACUCAAAAUUCUUUUCAAUUUUCACAUUUUUUGACAAAGGUAGGUUUUCCUCUUGAGUAUAAUUGAAGCGUUAAUGAGGUGCUAUCAAACAAAUGUACUAUUUGCAUCUCCAAAUUCAUUAAUGGUUACCUAAACCACAGCAGUAAGCAUCUUUUUUCAUUCUGCCUUCUUUGGGCAUGCUUUACUUGAAAGUUUUCUUGUUAGCUUGAGCAAGCUUUUCAUUUUGGUCUUAGCAGUCAAUUAUUUUAACUAACCAACUCUAUAUAACAUUUAUGAAACCUUAUUAGACUGUAAAUAAUUUUUAGAUGCAAUCAUUAUUGUAUGAUUUAAACAAACAGCCUUUCUUUACAACAAAAAAUAGUUUUGUUUUGUCUAUUGUAAAUCCUUAUGCAACUGGGAUGGUGAUCUGCAUAUAAAGUAGUCCAGCUUUUCAAUUCCUUAUUAAAGCAAGUGAUGGCAUCUGAAAGAAGCACACUGUUUCCUUUUCAUAAAUAGGUUACUGCACAUAAUAAUCCUUUAUUAUCGUGUGGAGAUUGAAGUGGAUCUUGAUAACUUACUUUUAAAGCUUUAAAAUGACAUUACCACUAUUAACAAUUCAUGUUACAGAAAUUACUGAAAUCCAAAUUAUUUGUAUUAAUAAUUAACAGUGCAAAAUUGACUUUUUAUCAACAGAAGAUAAUUGUGUCCAUAUAAAAAAGUAAAGGACACUGAGGGGCGUUUCAAAAUUUUAAAUCCCUGAAUAUCUAUAGUGACUGACUUACAUGUUCGCUGUUUGUUUAAAAGUAUAAAAAUUGCCAUUUAAAUUCACUAACUUACAAUUGAAAAUGGUGGGUCAAAGUGAUCUACACAUAUGUUAAUACAGAAAUUUUACAUUUCAUACAAAAGGAACUAGAGUACUGAGUUAGUGUUUAUUGGGACAUGGAGAUAGCUCCUGGAAACCACCUCAUCUUUGAGUGACAUACACACAUACACACACACACACAUACACACACACACACACACACACACACAAUAGAAGUUUUAAAAGUUGCUUUUAUAGUGCUCGAUACAUGAUACAGAGACAGUUAUUUGGGGAAGCCAUUAUGAAGUUGAAUCAGCAUAUAUCAUAUUAAACAUAGUUUUUAGGCUUUAACUGUGACUUGAUCUAUUAAUGACAUGGUUUUACUUCAGCAUUUUUUCUUAUUGUUCUGAAAGUAAAGCACACAUGUUAAUAACAAAAUUAGUUCAUUGAUCUUAAUGAAAUAUACUUUACUUUUCACUCAUUUUCGUGAUUUUUAAAGAGGCCUCCUGGAAGAACUCAAAUCCAUAAACUCUACAGCUCAAUAAUUACAAUUUACUUCAAUAAUUUCAUGCUUCUAGAUUUUUUCAUUUACUUUGAGUUUUGAAAUCAAGUCUUUCACGUGUAAUUCAAAUGGUUUCAUUUAAAAGUAUAAGAACCUUAUGUUUUAAUCUUUACUAUCAAAUGCAAGUUUAAUUAAUUUAUUGGCAUUCCCACUGGUUAUAUCCUGGUUUUCUUUAUAGGCUCACCUUUAAACCUAUUUUACUUUAAGACAUUAAUUUUUAACUCCUCCACCUGGGUGUUUUAUUUCCAUUACUAUCUUAAGAGCAGAUUGUAAUAAGUGUGAGCUUAGCAAGAAUGGUUCCAGGCCAGGUAAUGGCAGCCCUAGGACUAUGCCUGGAACAGAGAUAGAUGUCUGACCGUACAAAUGUUAAAUAGCAAUCACUCUAGAUUUUAAUGCCUAGUUAGUAGCUUUUGUGCUUCUGCAUAUACCAGUGGGUAAAUUUGUAUAAAAUUUGCAAAAAUACUAUUCCUCAGCCUUGACACCAUUGCCAGGAGUGUUUUGUAUAGACUUAGGCCAACCUGUGUGCCUUCUUUCCUCAGACAUUUGGUGAGUAUGAAAAAGACUCUUAAAUAUCCUCUUUGUCCUCUGACUAAUAAAGUCACUUAAUUUUUCUAAAUAACUAUGUAUCAUAAAGGGCUCUAUUUUAAAGAUUUUGAAAAGACACAUAAUGACUCAAAGAGAGAUUCUGCCAUUUCUCAAACCCUGCAAAUUCUUUAUGAUACUACACAUUCCAUAAUCAUACUAGAUUGGAUGCUAGUGAGCAAAGCCUUCCAGAUGGUUCUCUUACUGAAUUUGUUUCAUUCAUUAAUUCAUUUAUUCAGGCAUUCAUUCACUAUAAGUUGAGUGCUCUCUUCCCUGGUGCCUGGAUCUGCUGUGUGCUAAGGGGCCAUAGAUAUAAAUUAGACAGGAUCGCUAAUUGCCUAACUCCAAGCCUUCAUCCCUACUCCCACUGUUAUUAAACCCAUUUCUCCCCACAGAACUUCCAAAUUUGGCAAGGAGAAUAGUACAAAAAAAGAGAGCUUCACAUUAAUGAAAAUCACCCCCAGGUAGUCUCCCUCCAGGUGGGGAGAGUAAUGCAAUGCAGAAGGCUUAGUGUGUAAAUUCACUGAAGUAAAAUAUUGAACUGAUAAAUCAAUCAUAAGUAGAUUGGUUACAAUUUAAGUGCUAUUAACACAUCUUUGGAAUUAUGUAUUUAAAAUGGGACAAUCCCACUAAAAUAAAACAAAUCACAGCAGAUUUAGGCUCAAUGUUAUCGCCUGACGAUAGCUAUAUAUUUGUGCUAUCUACAUCUACUUUGUAAAGUUGAAUACCAAAAUUGUAAAUAUAAAGAACACUGAUGUACUUCAAUUUUAUGGAAUAUUCAUGUUUUAGAGGCAAUAUUUACUUUCUAUUUUAGUGGCUUAAACGGUAAUCUUUCAGCUCACAUGCCUUUUAUGGACACAAUAAGAGACUUAAUUGUGUAAGAGAGAUUGAAGUACUUUGUAUAGCUCUACUUUGCUCCUCAAAAUGGUUGUGGGAAAAGUAGUGUAUAAACUGAAGUUUUAUAAAUCAAAUUGUAUUUUAAGUGCAUUAAGGGAGCUGCCACUUAAAUAAAACUUGGGAAUCUCUUUAUGAGGCAAAAGACCAUUUUAUAAUGCAAACAACCACUCUGUUUUGUAUGUUUGGAUUUUCAGUAUCAAUUUCGCUUAAAACCAAGCUCACAUGCAAAAUAAGAGUAUGUUUUGUCAGUGUUACUUGUACUAUCCAUUUCUUGGUUGCUAAGGGCUUAUACUUGAAAGUCUACUUGCAGUUUAAUGUGAAUUGAGCUGUCUACAAUUUUUAUGACGGCACAAUAGCAUUAGUGAAUGUCUGGACUAGCAAGCCCAUUUCAAAUCAAAUGAACACCGGACUACUGCUCAGCAGUGUCUCCCCUCCCAAGACCUUAUUUACUUAGAGGGUAGACUAGCUCCUGUAUUCACAUACUAUGAAGUGCUUAGAGAUACAGGUUUUAUAAAAAAAUAAUGUUACUAUGUAAACAUACUGAAUUGCAUGUGUGUUGGAAAUUUUUAGCAGUAUUUCAGCUUGAAAGUAUAUGUAUAAAUUCUGUUAGACUUAGUUACAAAUAAUUGUCCUCAAGUUAUUGGAAUAAAUGACAAAUGAAGCAAUUUAUUAUGUAAAUAGACUCUUGUGCCAAAUAGUGACUUUGUUUAAGAAAAUAAAUGACAUAUUUUGGGCUGUUAAUAGGCAAAAUGAAACACCGAAAAUGUGAUCAAAUGAUACUGUAUUUUAUUGGAUAAACUGUUUAGUUAUUUUAUGCUAUAGUUAGAUUUCAGUUAAUAAAUAAAUAUUCACUAAAAAUGCA